ACGCAUUUCCGGCGUUCACAGGAGGUCGGCGCUCUCCCUGCCUCGUGCUAUGGCCGCGCUCUCUGUCAAGGUUGGAAUAAUUGGUGGGUCAGGAUUGGAUGAUCCAGAUAUUUUGGAAGGCAGAAGUGAGAAGUAUGUUGAUACACCGUUUGGCAAGCCAUCUGAUGCUUUGAUCUUAGGAAAGAUUAAGAAUGUGGACUGUGUGUUACUUGCAAGACAUGGCAGGCAGCAUACGAUUUCUCCAACAAAUGUUAACUUUCGUGCCAAUAUUUGGGCUCUGAAAAUGGAAGGCUGCUCUCAUAUACUGGUGACCACAGCUUGUGGAUCACUAAGAGAAGAAAUUCAGCCCGGAGAUAUUGUUUUAAUUGACCAGUUUAUCGAUAGGACUACCAAGAGAGAGCAGACAUUUUAUGAUGGAGCACACUGUUUGGCAGGCGUUUGUCACAUCCCUAUGGCUGAGCCAUUUUGCAGUAAGACUAGAGAGGUGAUAGAGGAAGGAGCUAGAAAACUUGGUAUCAAAUGCCAUACAAAAGGUACAGUGAUCACCAUAGAAGGACCAAGGUUCAGCUCGAAAGCGGAAAGUAACAUGUUUCGUCUUUGGGGUGCUGAUGUUAUCAAUAUGACCACUGUUCCAGAAGUGGUCCUGGCAAAAGAAGCUGGGAUCUGUUAUGCCAGUGUUGCAAUGGCAACUGAUUAUGACUGCUGGAAGGAACACGAAGAAGCGGUGUCUGUUGAUAGAGUGCUAAAAACAUUAAAGGAAAAUGCUAAUAAAGCAACUAGUAUUUUUCUAACUGCCAUCCCACAGAUUGCAGCCAUGGACUGGUCUGAUGCUCUUCAAAGUACAAAGAAAAUGGUUGAAAUGUCAGUCAUGUUGCCGAAACAUUGAUGGUAUACAGAAGCUGAAGGAGGCAUCUUCUCAUCUUGAUCACAUCUCUAGAUGACUAAUACAUUCUUGGUAUUCAACAUAAGCCUAUAAAG